CAGUCCAUAAUACAAUCGCCCACUGCAUCAUUCCUUUCUGCCUCCUGGGAGUGAUUCAUUUUACACAUGGGGAAAUCCACGUACACUUAGUUACAUGGUGAACGCCUCUUCCUUUUCGAUAGCUCACGGUAUAAACAGGGUACCCGUCAACUCCCCGUGUUUUGUUCUGUUGUUUUGGCAGCUGGGAAUGUUGCAGACGACGCAGACACGUUGAAACUGCAUGUACAUAUGCGAAAGGACCUCGUAAUUAUGCAUUUUUGGAAAGGAAACGCCAAAUCAAACCUUUCUAUAAUUUAGGAAUUCAUGUCAUGGGCAUGGAAGAGGAUAUUGCUCCAAAGUCUUCGUCCAAAAAGCAAGGAGGGUUACUGGGUCUUUUCAACAAGGACAAGGACAGGGACAGAGGCCGCGUGGGCAUCAACAGGCACUCCCGGGAUCGGGAGUCCAGAGAUUCUCACGAAAUCUCCUCACAGUUGGCCCAUCACCACCCCCACCACCACCACACUGCGCUGGAAGGCAGGCGGGCGCUCAAGACCAUGGAGCUGAGUCCCCCAGAGUACAAGGUGGAUCCGCAGGUCCUCAUCGACAGCUUUCUAGAAAUUGCAAUCAAGUACUUGGGGGUCAUUCCGAGUGUUCCAUACGGACUGGAUCCCACCAAACGGACAGAGCUGCUUAGAAUUGUUGAUAAAGGAAAGAAGCAAGGUUUACUACCCUGGAGCACAAGGGAGAACAAACACGAUGCCAUCCUGUCAGUCUCAGCCAAACAGAUCAAGGUGGUCAGACGAGACGGAGAGGAAACACUAGUGCGUUUGCCAAUCCACGACAUAGCUGCCGUAAGUUACAUCCGGGACGACGGACAACACCUCGUCAUGUUCAAAAUUGCGACUGACAGUCAACAGGAGCAAUGCAACCUGGUCGUGUUCGAGUGUCGAUCAAAGGAAAGUGCCGAUGAAGUGUGCGCUUUGGCCCAGCAGAUUUUCUACAUAGUCUACACGGAGCUGACCAUGAAAUACUUUGAUCAGAGCAUCAUCAGGGCAGCAAGAAACACGUCCCUCGGAAGUGUUUCGAGGAGUGUGGUCAGCCGGGCAGCCCUUGAUCCUGACGUCUUCCAGCCGCCCCCGUCUAGCACAGCUUCGUCUGAGUACCCAGGCUCGCCGGCAAUGAGACAGAGCAAUAGCAUGGACGAUCUGAGCGUCACUGCCAAAGUGUUACUCCAAGAGUACAUUGAAGUGCUUCGGAGUAAGCUCUCGUCUGACGAGCUACAACAGUUUGCAGGAAUCCUACGUGACUACCGACAGACAGGAUCAAUCAAGGAGUUCUGCACCAGGCUGCAGAAGCUUUACGGACCCGAUCGAAAGCUGCUCUUUCCAGGUAUGAGACCCUACAUUCCAGAGAAGGACAUUGACUACUUUGAGAAUGCCCUGGAGAGGAUGGGCAUCCAGGAUGCGGCGGCCAACGGCUACUACUACUACACCAGCCCCCAUCGCUCAAGGCGAACCAACAGCGAGGCCUCCUCCUCCAUUGGAGGGUUCGAUAUGGGACUCUACAGCCACUCCAUCAUGUCGGAGCGGGAUGAGCUAGACCGGGCACUGCAGGACAUUUGCAAUGAGGUGGAACACCUGGAGACAAGCGUGGACUCGUGAGCCUGUACAGCCCGGGGAUUCAUUCGAGUAGUUUGGCUCUCUGACUCACAUUAUUAGGUGAUCUCUGUGAUCACAUGAGCAACUGAUCUCUGUGACUCACAUGAGUAACUUAUCUCUGGUCACGAGUAACUAAUGUCAGUGACUCACUGAGUAAACGUCUCUGUGACUCGCAUGAGUAACUGAUCUGUGACUCACAUGUGUAUUAGUGAAUACUGUGACUCAUGAGUAACUGGCCUCUGUUACCAUUUGAGUGAUGCCUGAGCUUUUUGAUGAGCAGGAGAAGCACCUUGUCCGUGCCACCCAAAGUUAAAGUGAAGGCAGCUGACACAGUGACUGUUAAAAGCGCAUGACAAUGAGCACGAUGUUCUGCACGUGCCCUCUCACCACAAAACAACUGCUCUUCCAUCACAGCAGGCACUCUAGAAUAUGCACAGAGUGGGGCUUUUUCCUACAGUAUACCUUCCCAACAAACAAUACGUAAUCUAUAUGUUGUACAACUCGCAUCAUGAUGAGGGUAAUUCCAGAAAUUAGGGGUCCAAAAGUGUGACAUUUUCGUGUCCCUGUUACAUCUUACCUUUGUUGUUUG